CCUGUUCUGUGCCCACUUAGGUCAACGUGUUAGCUAGGCUAGUAAUACUUGUCAGUAACGUUGCAGUUUAGCUGAUUUUCUGUAUAAUGGCUGUGAAUACAAGGUCAGCAUUUGUCUCGUCACUGUUCCGUUUCCUCUGGGGAAGACAGUCCUUAUGCGUUAAGAAAAUCACUGAGCAAAACAAAAUCACAUCGUUAUCCAUGUGUAGUGCUGGAUUUCGAAAAGAAAGUCAUUCUUGGUCAGCGAACCAUACACUAAAUCUUAACGUCAGGUUAACCUGGUCAUUACCUUUGAGAACCUUGACAUCAAAUGCUCCAUACAAAGAUGAUGAAUAUCCCCCACUUCCCGAGUACACUUCCUCUCAAGAGAUGGACACAAAGGAAGUGUUCAUUGUUCAUGUCAAAGGUCUUCCAUGGUCAUGUAGUUCUGAGGACCUGAUAGAGUUUUUCUCAGAGUGUCAGAUUCGUGGUGGGGUAAAUGGAAUUCAUCUGAUGACCAACAGAUACGGAAAGCCAAACGGGCAAGCCUUCAUUGAGCUGGAGCAUGAGGAGGAUAUCAGUAAAGCCAUGGAGAGGCAUAGGCAAUACCUUGGGCCACGUUAUGUAGAAGUGUAUGAGGUAACGAACGAAGAGGCUGAAGCUAUGAUAAAGGGCACAGAUGAAAGCAAGGGCCAAGAUGGAGUGGUUCGCCUCCGAGGUCUCCCGUUUAACUGCACAGAGAAGGAAAUCAUUAAAUUUUUUUCGGGGCUGGACAUUGUGGAAGACGGGAUCACCCUGGUGACAGACCGACGAGGUCGAAGUUCAGGUGAUGCGUACGUGCAGUUUGUUACGCAGGAAAUGGCAGAUCAAGCCCUGCAGUGGGACAGAGAAGUCAUCGGGACCAGGUACAUAGAAGUGUUCCCUAGCAAGAAGACUGAGAUUAAAACCAGUUAUGGCAGUGCAAGGGUAGAUGCUUCAGCCGCUGCGUUCUGUGCAAACAGGACAAACAGUAUUGUGCCUGAACAUUUUAUCCACAUAAGAGGCCUACCUUUUCAAGCCACAGCUGGAGACAUAGUAAAUUUCUUCUGCCCAAUCAGAGUGGUGAAGGUUCUGAUGGAGUUCGGCCCUGAUGGGCGGGUGAGUGGUGAGGCGCAGGCUCACUUCAAGUCACACUGUGACGCUGUUGCAGCAAUGGACAAAGAUAAGGAGUAUAUACACAACAGAUAUAUUGAGUUGUUCCUGAAUUCAUCAGCAGCAAAGGAGCACUAAAAAAGUGUAUAACUUGGCUGUGAAAAUGUUAAUUCUGCAGUAUUUAAUUGAGAUGUCAAAUUGUGAUUAAAUUCCUACAUUAAUUGAACAUAA